UUAUGAUGAUCAGUGAUUUGAUUCGUUUUUCUUUUUCUUUUUUUUUCUCUCCCUGGAACCCCGGUGAGAACCCCGUAUCGAGCUGAGAUCCUGGACUCUUGCACUCAGGCUUGGGCGUGAACCUACACGCACGCACGUACACACAAACGACGGCGGCGGUGUCACGUUAAAGGGUGUCGAGACAAAAGUGAGUCGGGCAACGCACGCGCCCCUCGGUUCGUUUCAAGCGCGCGCCGCUCGGAUCACGGUGCGCCCCUCCCUUUUCUCUCCCUGGCGACGCCGCGCAUGAGCGUCAACAAACACAUUUAAAUAUGUGAAUAAACCGCGGGCCUCCUCUCUCACAUCAGGAUACGACCGUGCUUCCCUUAAGGACUUCUUUUUCCCCUCUUCAUCAUUCUCUUAAAUAUGUCAGCGGAAUGCACGCGGCGACCGAUUCCUGUUUUAUUGCAGGCCUGAGUGGAGAAUGAAAGUGCCGUGGCUCGGCGGGACCUCAUGGGCCGCGAUGGGGCUGGCAUGAUUGGUCCGGCUAGCUGUCAGCAGCGGGAUUAUGCUGACCUGUGUCCAGCAUGACUCCGCUGGACCUUUGGCUCUCGCGCUCCAUCCCCAUGUGCCUCCUGCUGCAGAGCCUGGUGCUCAUGGCCCUCUGCUUCCCAUCAGCCAGCAUGUGCCCCAAAGGAUGUGUGUGUCAACGGGGCGAGUACCCGCCCUAUGGCCUCAACGUAACUUGCAGCCUUGCAGAGCUCAAGGAGAUCCCAACGGACUUGCCUGCAGAUACGGUGCUCCUCCAACUGGAUCACAACCAAAUUCAUGCUGUGCCCGAGCGCGCCUUCCAGGACCUACGGAUGUUACGCAGGCUGAACUUGUCCCAUAAUGCAGUGGAGACGCUAGGCGAGAGUGCAUUUGUUGGCCUGGAGGCAUCGCUGGAGCUUCUCGACUUGUCACACAACCGCAUCGUGAGCGUGCACAAGGAUGCUUUCGCACGGCUGAAGGCACGUGUACUGGUCCAUGACAACCCAUGGCACUGCGACUGUGCUUUGCAGCAGGCACUAGGAGGCAUGGCACACAAUCAUGAAGCAGCAGCGCGCGUCCUAUGCCGCAGUUCUGAGCUGAGGGACCAGGAGGGACGUCCAUUCCUGGCAGUAGAAACCGAUUUGUGCAACCUGGCCAGACGCACCACCGACUACGCCAUGCUGGUGACCAUGUUCGGCUGGUUCGCCAUGGUCAUCUCCUAUGUUGUAUACUAUGUCAGGCAGAACCAGGAGGAUGCCCGGCGCCACCUGGAGUACCUCAAGUCUCUACCAAGUAAACCCAGUAAGCCAGACGAACCAGAGGACAUCAGCACCGUUAUGUGACGUCAUUGUUUACGCCAAUAGGGCCUUGACUGAGCGGGUGGAGAAAAAACACAGGGGUGAACCUUCUCAUCCCAGAGAGCAAUUUAGUCUUAUUCAAGCUAAGACACCAACCAUAGAUGUAGUCUAAUACUUAAGAUGUGUCUUCACUUUUUUCCAGUUGUGCAUUACUGUUACAGAGUACUUAGGUCAGAUUUGUAAUACUUUUCCUAACUCUUCCUGUGUCCACAAGAGAUUUUAACUUUAAAAGUGGCAUUAGUAUAAUAAUUACUAGCUCGUUAAGAAGGAAAUGAUGUAAAUGUCCUGCUUCAGACAUUGGAAUGCGGGGUUUAUUUUCCAGCUGGUAAAAUGCACCAAUAAUCCAUAUUAUAAUCGAUCCAUAUCUAUAAACAGUUGUUAAACACCUUUAUGACCAGUACAGGUUUUUUGGUAUUCUGAUCUCAGGUUUAAAUGUCAAGAUGACUUUUAAAACCCCAAAAUGUUUUGUUUUAAAGUUCAAUAGAAAUCUUAUUAAGUGCGUGCGUGUGUGUAUAUAUACUGUAUAUAUACACACACACACACACACACACAAUUGUUCAGGAUGUGGUUUUAAAAAACGCAUGAAAAACAUCUGAUUCCCUUUAAACUCCAUAGACUUUCUUAGCUAAUUGAUAAUCAAAGAAGAAAGGCCACAGUGCUUCGGAAACUGAAAUUGGACGUUUCUUCCAACCUUCUGAAAAAGGUCAUGUUUACGUAAUCUCCAUUACCUCACUGUUGUUAAUCUGUGUUUGUUAAAAAGUGUAAUCUUAGAGUGUCAAUGUUGAUUUUCUUCGGGCUCCAGAGAGCCCAAGCAGUGACACAGAGUCAAUAUUUUUGUCUUGGGUCUUCACAGGCUGGCAGUCAGGCUCAUUAUUGGUGUCUCUAAUAACCCUCGUGUAUACAACAGCCAUCAUCAACUUCAUAUUAGCCAUCAAUAUUAUGAACAAAGAGUCUGGAAUGAGUGAUGUGUUUCCAUGAAAUGAAAUGGAAAAAUUGAAACCUCCGGCUCAGAUACCAAUUUCCAUAUUCCUUCCGCGUUCCGGAGGUGAGACCUGCAUAGUAAUUAUGGGAUGUCAUAAGAGGAACGAUGAGGGCAGUGCGGUCAGCCUCCGUAACAUCAUCAUGUGCGUACAGGAAUUUAACCAGCUAAAUGUGAACAAUUAACUGCAGAUGUCAGUCUCCAGCUGUUAUUCUCCUGAUAGGUCGUACUCACUGCUAUCUCACUGGUCCACAAAAACAGGAAGCAACAAAUGAUACAAUCCUAAGAUAGUAGUAGGUAUAGAAGAAGAUGAUUAGGACAAAUUGAAAAAUAAUUCAUAAUUCAUUUCCCUCCUUGCUACACUCUAAGAUAAAAAGCCAAUUAAAUUUUCACUUUGGUAACUGCUUUGGUGGUACACUCUCUAAAGUACAUCUUUUUUUUAAAUGUAAUGUUUUCAAAUUAGACCCAAGCCACAUUCAUAUGUAGUCCUAGAUCUGACCCAUAUCCAUGAAUGUGGCCAUGCAACAUGAAGGAGAAUGAUCAUGUGACCUUUUUCUAAUGCACAUGCUUUUAUUCUCGUUAAUGUCUAGUCACAGUAAUGAUUACAUUCAGUGGAACGAUGAAGAAAUCUGUAAUUUUUUGCAGAUUGCUACCAUAAUUAAGUAGAUUUGAAAGAGUUGUUUAAGAAAAGGCAAAGCACAGCCAAAAAUGAAUGUGGCUACAUUGCCCAAGAAACACUCUCUCAUAUAAAUACUCCCUCCAGAGCGCAGUCCCAUCAUUGCUGGCUUCUUUCCCGUGCCCACAUAUCGCUUGGCAAAGCAGUGCCAGUAAUGGCUGCAAAAACAGCUGGGCAUUUGGCUUUUUUGUAUUUGCCUUCUCGACCUGAUUAUGUGCAGCUGCCGAGCUGUUUGCUGAUCUCCAAAGUAAACUGAUGCACAUUUGGGCUACUAGCUUGGUCAUUUGUUGCUUUUGUUAUGAUGGAAUGUGUCACAAAUAUGACUUUGGUCAAUGUGACAUGUAAAUCAUAUGAAAUUAAGACAAAUGUAAAGCAAAUGUCAUGAGAGACAGAUCCAGUUUGAGCAAAAAAAUAAUCUAAAUUGUGCAAUAGUAGUGUACCUUUUGACGCUUUAUUCUAAAACUAAUAGCGGUCCAUUUAUGUAGCACAAAUCAUUUUAAAGGUGUACACCGAUCAGCCUUAGCAUUAUGACCACUAACAGGUGACAUCAGUAACAUUGAUCAACAGUUAUAUCAUGGGCAUCCCAAGGCUCACCUACAGGACCAAAGGUCAACCAAUUUGGCCAAAUCCCACAGGAAAGCAGAACAAUACUGGCCACGAUGGAAAAGCACCAGAACACCCAGCGUACCAUAGUCUGGGGAGAAUUUGGAGGUCACAGGGCCGACCCGGCCUCCAAAUUCUCCGGGUCUAAAUCCCUCCAAGCAUCCACAAACAAGUCUGAUCCAAGUCUGGUGUCCCCAAGCACCUAAAGGAACUGCCGCUAAUGUCUCGGUGCCCGACACCACAGCACACCCCAAAGUCAUUUAUAUUGGGCUUAAUGUUUCGUGUCUUAAUGUUAUGGUUGAUCUGUGUAGUAUAUCCAUGUUACUAUGAGAAAAAUAG